AACAACAACAAGCUGAACUUCGCCGUCCGCGCUCAUUCAGCGAUCAUGGGCAGCUCGCAGUCCACAACAGAGGAGCACAAUUUCCAGCUCCUCGCUGACCGGACCGGCUUUUCUCUGGAGCAGAUCAGAAUCCUACAUAAAAGGUUUAAGCACCUCACCCACGACAAGGACACCUUAAGGAGAGAGGACUUUGAGGACAUCAGUGAUUUGACGUUCAACCCCAUUAGAAGCCAGAUUGUUGAAGCCUUCUUUGAUAAGAGGAACUUUGGACAUAAUGAAGUGGGCAGUGUGGAGGAGAUUGGCUUCGAGGAGUUCCUCACCGUGAUGUCACACUUCAGGCCAACGGGACAGCAUCUGACCGAGGAGGAGAAAGACAAGAUCAGGCAGGAGAAACUACGCUUUCUGUUCAACAUGCAUGACAAAGACAAUGACGGCACCAUCACUUUGGAUGAAUACAGACAUGUAGUUGAAGAGCUGCUGUCCAGCUAUCCGGAGAUAGAGAGCGAAACAGCCAAGGCCAUUGCAGAUGCCGCUAUGCUUGAAGUGGCGAGCGUUACAAUGGGUCAAAUGGCUCCAGAUGAGUUUUAUGAGGGAAUCACCUUUGAGCACUUUCUGAAGAUCCUAAAAGGUGUCGAGAUCGAGACAAAGAUGCACAUCCGCUUUCUGAACGUGGACACGACGACGAUGAGCUGUGGAAAGUGAAGUUUCCUCUUCAGAGCACAAAGCUUUUUCUUUGUGCUGCCAAACAAUCCAGUUCUUCCCCCUCAGUUCCUCCUACAGUAUCUCCAGACUCGCAGUGUUGUUCAACAAUGUGACGUGUCUGAACAAGCUGAGCAAGUUUCUAUGGAUAUACUCCACAUUCCUGGGUUGCGGCUGAUAUACGUGCGAGACGCAUGCUGGUGUGAAGUAAGAGAGUAAACCACAGGACAUGCAGCCCAGCCCAUUUAAAGGAAUACAAAGCACAAUUAUAUGGAGAUAUAAAGUGAAAUCAUCUCAAAUCUAUGUUUAUAUAUGUGUAAGAAUUCUCAUUUUGAGAUUGUGAAAUAUUGUAAUAUUAUAUUACAUAUUUUAUACAUUCUUACUUGUUUUAAAUCAUUUUGUCAAGUCAAAUUAUCUCACUAUAUUGACAGGUAUUUAUGCUUGUUUUAAGAAAUAUGCUUGAAACAAGCAAAAAUAUCUGUCAAUAUAGUGAGACAAUGUCACUUGGAAAAAAAUACAGCAAGUGAAAUAAUUAUAUGAGAAAUAUUUAGUAUAAUUUGACUAGAUUUAAGACGAUUUCACUUGACAGGAGACCAAUUUUUGCUGUGUACUCCAGCACUUUCCAGCCUGAUCUUUAGCUCAUGCAUCUGUACUGUAAGGUCAGUUAAUACAGAGUCAUUUCAACACAUUUCCCUGUACUUACCAUGUUUUCUAACAACACACUUACAAUAGAAGCCAAUUGGGCAGGUGCUACAUAAUAGGAGAAAACUGACCUUAUAAUACAGAUAUAACAGAUAAAGAUUAGGUUGAAAAAUGUUACUCUAUUCCUUUAACGCUAAUUCAAGGCCUUGAUUAUUCUAGUUUCAGUGCAUUAAUGCCCUGCCCAGUUACCUCUUGUGAAAUACUAUGAGCACUGCACACCCAAUAAGAACUCCCGUGUGUGUAUGUGUAUGUAUACAUGUAGCUGUUGUCAGAACAAAACCUUGUAUCUCAGUU